UCAGAAUACGGCCACGGUAACCCCUGCCUGUCGUAAGAGGCGACUAAAAGGGGCACACGAUGUGUUGAAAGUAAGCUAAUGAAAUAAUUAUAAAGUUGAAAAGAAUGUGUACCGAUUGUAACGUUGUUUUGGGCAUAUAGAGGGGAUGCCUCUUAUAAACGCAGUCUCUCGGGUGACUGUUAGGAAAUUCUUUGAAAAAAGGUAGAUAACACCCGGAGGAAAACCUUUAAAAGGAAUAAAUGUUGUUGCGUAUCUGUCGUACACCCUCUAGAGAAAAUGGCAGUCCAAGCCCCCACCACUGAUUGUGAGUAUAAUACCUCAAGCGAGCAGGUAUAAUGCCUAAUUCACAGAGCUACUUUUGUAUUCGAGAAAGUGACCAAAUUUGACCAAAUGAGUAAUUGGUCGCUAAAGCGAGUUCGAUAAUUAACCAGUAAAAUGAAUAAUGAGCUCGACUCGAAAGUCGGCUGUCAAAAUAAUUAAUCAUGCCUAGCCGCUUCUGACAUGGAAAGUGGCUCCCUCUGCAUUGGCUACCGAGAAACCGAGGGACACCUCUCCCUAAACCUUUCUCUCAUACUUUAACGUGCGUUCCUGUUUCGCACCAUUUCUCUCCGACUCGAUACUUUUCGAGCAUUAUCCUUCUCAAAAAGUGGCGCGAAACUGAUCGUCGUAUCGUUUCGCAAGUGAUCGACCCAUCGGCAUCGUUUAUUUCACGAUUUCAUUUAUUAUAUAGCAUAUAACGAAUAAAUAGUCGCCACGACACGACACUUCGUAUGAUAAUCAGUUUCGUGAUUCAAUCAGAUCCGAGAAAAAUGAAGUUUUAAUGAAGCGAAUCGUACACCAAACCAGUAGAAAUAACAGCAAAUUAAAUUAAAAUCGCUGAUACAAUAUUACAGUCGAGUACACCCCAAUAAAUAUUAAUAUUCAAAGGCAAACAAACGUAGGCCAUACGAAAAGUUCUCAAAGGACACGCGUGAAUAAUCAUCUCGCUUGGUUAAAAACGGAGGCAACAGAUAUCCAUGAAAUAGUUGAAGCGUAAAUUAUUGGAAGCACGUAUCACAAUAGUGGUUGAAUUAAACAAAUAAUAGGCGCAGGAUGAGGUCGCGUGUUAGCUCUGUUUCUAACACUUUGUCACGUGUCUCUCGUGCAAACAGACACCGUACAAUUGUCGAAGCUGCGGGACAUGUCAUCAGCGAUCCAUUGUGUAUCAGAGGAUCCCACGAAUCGCCCCACGGAUCCCGUAGAAAAGGGGAUGCAUAAAUAUCUAUUACGUGUACAAUGUCCAUCCAUGAUUGCACGAUAUUUUUUGGCUUAAAAUAGAGGCCGCGUAAAGUAAACAGUGGACUGUAAUAUUCAGGGAAGUACGAAGGCUUUAGAUCAUUUUAAAAGGCGUGUAUCUUUCUAUUAGCACGUUAAUAAGAGGUAACAAGAAUCGUUCCUUGCUCUGGGAAUAGGUGUUCUCGUAAUCGGCACGAUCGUCGUCGAUAAAUUAAAAUGCGGCCGAAUCUAAAUCAGGAUCUAGGUAGGUAAACAAAGGCCUCGUCGAGGAGGGGUAGGCCAGGGUAUCACCCCCCUUUCAAAUUUAUCCGGCUAUCCUUUUUAUCUUGAACUGCUCUUACGCACGAAAUAAAGCGAAGGAUGGAGGAUGAUGGAAAGAGGGAGAAGAGAUUUCUGCAGAAUGAGAAGAUGGAGGAUGCGCGAUCAACUCUCCGGGGCCAGAUAUCCUCGUGGGCCCUUCGGUUUUCGAGCAGCACCGGCCCCUAAUAACAGGGUACACCGAGGCUAAACAAACAUACACGCCCCUGGCAUCUUUCGUUGAAAGAACACACGAGAAGAAAUGUAAAAAAAAAAAGGAAAGAGAAAAAGAAACAAUUUAGCUACGCCACUUAAAGGAUGCACAAGCUGAGGUAUGAUAGGCAGCGAAAAAGUUAACAAGGAAUCAAGUGUGUAUGUACAUGCCUCGUUUCGUUGAGACAUAAGAUGGAGUUAUAAUCUUGAUCAUUUGAAAUAUUUUCGUUAAUUAUUAAAAAAGAAAAUGAAUAUAAAGAAAGGAAGUUUGAUUUGAAAGAUUGUACUCUUGAUACUGAAUGUCGAUCUUGUACCACUUCACCAUUUCUUAAAAUGAAAGCUGAAAUGUACGUGCCGAGCUUGGUAGGAUCUUAAAGCUUGCCAUGUAAUUAGGGGAAGUGAAGAACAAAAGAGAAUGGAAUGGUAGACAUUUCGAUAUUGUUUCCGUACAGACAGUGGUACUGUACUUGCACUUACAGCUUUCAAUAUUUUUCAAGAAUAUUGGUAGAACGCUGCUCUCUUUAUUUAAAAGCAAAGGUGUGCUGAUAAAAAUUGUAACUAUCUCUGGUUGUAACCUUUAACCCGAUGAUGAGGUACAAUAUACCUUCCACCUAUAUUAGGUCUUUACUAUUUACAGGCUGCGUUUUUAUUGUGCAGUAAAAUGAACAAUUUAUGUUUAUUUUUAAUUUAAGAAAAAGAGAUUUAAUUAAAGAAUUAAAAGAGAUUAAUUUAAGACAAAGAACAAUUUCUAAUUAUUUUUUAUAUAGAUAAAUUAAAUAUGAACCCAAAAAGAUUGAUUUAAUAUUAUAUGAAAACUGAUUAGGGUAUGUGACACUUAACCCUCGGACGGCGGACCAUGAAGAGAACCUUCAAUUUUAAUUUUCUUCGUUCCUGUAUCACUAGAUUAAAAUAAAAUUCCUACUCUAAACUGAUAAGUCACGUUCAAAGUGUAAAACAUUUGAAAAAUCUCACACGAGUUUCUUUAUUAUCAAUAUGGAAAUAAACAGUGUGAAAGUUAAAUGUUUGAAGGGUCUCUCCAUUUGUCUCUAGCACGUGCAAAAGAGCAGCGAAGAGAUGCGCAAAAUGCGAGAGUACGAGGAUUUGUGUAAAAAACACACGAAGAAGAAGAAGAAGAAGGGUGUAAGAAAGAAGAAAGAGAAAAGCAAGGUAGAUGAGACAAGAGGCAUUCUGGUUUGUGGGCACAGCCGCUGCCUGCAGCCCACAAUUAUGAUAAUAGCCCCUGAGUCCUGAGUCUUGUUAGUCCAACGUGCAGCCAGCUUCUUUUAUCUAUAUUUUUUUAUUUGCAGGGCCCACCCUUCUGUACCCCUUGCCUACCGCAAUUUCUACUUUCACUCCUUUGCUCCGUGGCGAGGUCAGGUGGAAUCGAACUGAUCGGAUUUUACUGAAGAAAAUAAUUUUUUUAGCUAUUGAAUCGUGUACGCUAUAAACGAACGUGACCAGAAACAAUGGGCACGUAAAGUGUGAUUAAUACGUACAAACGUUGCUGGUGUAUUAAUUAAAAUUAAACGUAUUCCCUUGAACUAUACGAUCCGAAGUUGUGCGGAACGCUUUUGCAUUUCGAUUGAAUGCGGCUAGGAAAAGAGCAGCAAGGAAUAAGAAUACAAACGGCAAAGAGUCGACGCCGGGCGCGAGUACAAGGAGCGGGUGCACACACGUAUACUUAUAGUACGUUCGCGUCUGUAAACGUUGUAAAAGGCGGUAGCAAACGGAGCACGCUUUAAUCCACUUUUCAGCACACCGUCGGGGCCUUUUGACUGUGCGGAAAGCGUUAAUUGGAGACUGCGUCACGAUCAGGCAAAGGAAGCCUUUCAAAGCGGAAAUAUCCGUGUGAUACCGCCUGCAGACUUUUUGUUUUUCAGGAUAAGUAGAAAACGCUGUUUCUUCUUACGCGUCACUCGUGUAGAUCCGAACGUAUCAUCAAUAGGCAUCGUAGAUUACGAGACCCCGAGGGUAGUCAAUGAGACCUCCAGCUUAAGUCAAUCUAAAUGCUAACCAUAGCAUUUACUGAAACAUCACUGUAGGUACCAAAGGAUCUAAAUACAGCAUUGAAUUAUAUUUUGUUAUUGUUCCUUCUUUCUUUUGUAAUAUAAGAGAAUUCUGGGUAUUCUAAUUUCAUAAUUAAAUUAGAUGAUACUGAUCAACUGAUAGAGAUCACACUGGGAAACAAAUUUGCAAAUUCCUCAGUUCUAGAAAAAUUUUCAAACUAUCUGAGAAAAGGGAAGAUACAUGCGGUUGUUUAAAAUUGAAAAUAAAAUUUUAAAGAUGUUUCCGCUCCUUCAAGUUGUUCAACAAUCACUGCUAGGAUUAUGGCCGACAAAGGAAUUUGUCUUGAUUUAAGCGAAGCACCCUGUAUUUGCUCGAGAUUAAAUGGAGUUUUCAUACCACAGUUACGAGAUGCGCAUCGAUAAAUGCCUAUAUAUCACGUUUCGAUGCUGGAGUAGGGCGCUUUCAGCAGCAUCGAUAAAAUAUAAAGUAAUGACGAACUUAACCACAUAAUGGUUGAGAUUAAGUUAAUGAGCGUACGAUGAGAAUAUUGAGAAGAAAAUAAAAGAUGAUGAACGAAUUUGCGUGUUUUAUAGGCAGCUGCCAAUAGUCAUGAUUGGUCUCGCAGGGAACACGUUCAUGCAAUACCUCUUGCAAUGCUCGUUCUGCAUAAAAUUACCGCUACACGAAAGACCGAGACCAUCCGAUCUGCACGACGCCUGAAACGAGCGAUUCUCGUAGGUAGACUUCGGCCGAGUUCGGGCGGGCUCGACUAGUUUCGGCACGCCAAGCCUGCGUCGACCCCAGUCAACCCAUGGCGGUCGUAGCACAUAACUGGUUGUGACUUUCACGAGGCAAGUACCUCGCGCGCUCUCGUGUGUGCAUUUUCGUUCAAUCUUACGUCUUUUGUUUAAUAUUUUUAUUAUACAGACUGUCAAGCGAGCUAAUAAACCGUUUCGAAUUGUUUCGUCGAUGUUUUUCAAUCGUAAUACGUAGGUGUCGUUAUAUACGAUCCGAAAAGUAGUUCAUACGACGAACUGUCAAAAUUCGGUUCAAUUAGAAGAAAUCGUGCGGUAUUAUCGAGAUUAUAACACGAUUUAAUCCGUUUGUAAACACUGCAAUAGAACGACGUGAUGUCACGUGCGCCUAUAGUAGUAAAACAACGAUACACGUUACACACGUACCAUGAAUCCAGUUAGAAGAGUUUAACGUUGUUUAUAGCGUAACGUAACGCGUGUUUCGGAGUAACCUAGUAUAUACGACCGGUUAAACACGUGGUGGACACGAUGCUUCUUAAAUUGGCAGUAUUACUGUUCGUAUUCUACGUGCAGCCAGGUGCAAGUUACUUCAACCUAUUCCUUAGCCAAGCAGAAGUGCGGAAACUAAUGGGUCUCCAGGCGGAAUUAUUCUACGUAAGGGAAGGCGUCAUAAACGAGUACGCAAUUAAAUUCGUGGUCCCAGUGCCAGCGCAGGUUCACAAGUUACAUUUCACUUGGGAGAACCUUGCCGGCAGGCCGUUACCGUAUACAAUGUCUGUGGAUAUCAGUAAUCCAACUGCUUUGAGCAGUUCUUUGAACAUAUCUCAAGCUGGUGAAAUACCAGUCGGUGGUCUUCAAACUUGGGCUUUGGCUUUGCAUUGCGGCCCUUACGACGCCGAGGUCGACCUAAGCCUUCGGAUAAACGUCUCGUUAUCGAGACGAAACACGACCAGCUUGGAUUUCAAACGAAAGAAAAUCUGCUUAAAGGAUAAAAGUAACAUAGGAGCGGAAGAAAUUCUCGUUGCUGCAUCCGGUUCAACUUCUGGCGGACAAGUGUUUUACGCUGCUAUCGGAUGUGCCUGUGCUUUCAUCGCUGCCAUUUUCGUCCUCGUUAUUGCUUACUACGUUCGAGAUAAAAAGACUAGGAGGCAUCGUGAUCCCCUUCAAGAAUCAAGGGGUCUUAGCUCUGCCUGCAGUGUAGAAAGGGGCACAGGAGUUGGACCUGCACAGACAUUUUUGUCACCAGAAACACCUCCUCCUGCCUCUGCUACAUCUACUUCUACUUACAGAAGAUUGGACGACCGACCUAGUAGAGAGUUACACGAAAGAAUUCAAGAAAUCACAGUCCAAAGAUGCAGGGUACGCCUCCUUAGCAUCGAAAUGGAGGGCACAUUCGGUCGCGUGUAUAGAGGCAGUUAUCACGAAGAGGGUGCGUCUUCCCCAAGGGAUGUCCUAGUGAAAACUGCUGCUGAGCAUGCAUCACAAUCACAGGUUGCUCUUCUGUUACGAGAGGGUCUAGCUUUGUACGGUUUAAGUCACCAAGCCUUACUCCCCGUUUUGGGUGUUUCCAUCGAGGACAGGAGCGCACCUUUCCUCCUGUAUCCGCACACCGGUUACAAGAACAUGAAGAGGUUCUUGCUGAGGUGUAAGUUGAGCAGCGAAGGGCCACCGAGAGCCCUAACUACGCAAGAAGUCGUGGAAAUGGCCCUUCAAGCUGCGAAAGGGGUCCAGUAUCUUCACAGAAAGAGACUGGUGCACAGAGAUUUAGCCGCCAGGAAUUGUGUCGUCGACGAUGAUCUGAGGGUUCAAAUCACGGACAAUGCUCUGGCCAGAGACCUCUUCCCCCAGGAUUAUCAUUGUCUUGGUGACAAUGAAAAUCGUCCAAUUAAGUGGCUCGCCAUUGAAAGUUUACUCAAUAAAACGUUCAGCACUGCUUCGGAUGUGUGGGCAUUCGGUGUUCUGUUAUGGGAACUCACGACCCUAGCACAGCAGCCGUACGUGGAAGUGGAUGCAUUCGAGAUGGCUUCCUAUCUGAGAGAUGGAUAUAGAUUGGCACAACCGAUCAAUUGUCCCGACGAAUUAUUCGCAGUUAUGGCUUAUUGUUGGGCAAUGUCCGCGGACGAGAGACCGACGUUUAGCCAGCUAAUCGUGUGUCUUCAAGACUUUCACACUCAAUUGACCAGAUAUGUUUGAAUGUGAAUUAUUAAAAAUCAAACAGGUUUGAAACUGUAUAAAAAACGUGCAACAGUGGAAAGUGCCGGGAGUAUGUGUACAUAAUAGUAGUACUUAAAGAAAUUAAUUUUUAAGUCCACCAGGAAAGUCGACUAAAUAUAUGACCUGACUAGAAAGUAGUUCCUUAUGUAUUUUAUAACAGAAUAGAUAAUGAAGUCUUUUUAUUAAUAGUCCUUGUAGAGUUUUCGAUGUAAACAGUUUUGUAGGCGUUAAGUAUAUAAAGACACUUAAUUUUUCUAACA